AUGGAAAACAUAUCAGUAUUAACAAAUAAUAAUAAUAAUAAUAAUAAUAAUAAUAAUAAUAAUAUGAGUAUACAAAAUUUGAAUCCAUAUAAUAAUGAGGAUGAAAAACAUAAUAGCGAUGUGUCAAAUGCAGAAAAGAAUUCUACAAAUGAUUUAUUUUCUUCUUUUUAUGAGAAAUUCAACAAUAUAUUUUCAUUCAUAGAAGAAACUAAACAAAAUAAUAAAUAUUUAGAAGAUGAAAUUGAUGAUAAUUUAAUAGAAACAUUAUAUAACUUAUGUGAUCUUUUUAUAAAUUAUAUGAAAAAUAUAAAUGAUUUUGCUAAUUUUAAAAUAAAUCAAGAAGACCAAGAACUUAUAAUUCAUUCGUAUGAAAACUUUGUAAGACAAUGUAAAGAAUAUAAUGACAAACCUAAAGUGAAACAAUUAGAAAAUGAAAUCUCCAAUUUGCUCGAUUUGUUAUUCAAUAAUACCUCAGAAGCCGUUAAUACUCUUUUUUCGGCUGACUCUUUUUUUAUGGACCAUGUGGAAAACUUAAAGUUGAAGAUGAGUGAAAAAAAUCAAAAAAUCCAAUUUGAAAAUGAGCGAUUAAAAAAAUUGGAACUUGAAAAACAGGUUGAAGAGUUUGAUGAAACUUUUGAAGCCAAUAAACAAAAGAAUGACGAAAUGGAUGAAACCAUAAAUAAACUCAAGAAAGAUAUAAACAAGAUGAAUGAAAAAAUUGAAAAAUACGACAAUUAUAUGAAAACUAAAAGGAAAGAAAUAGACAUUGAUUUUUCUGACACUCUUGAGUGUAAGGAGAGAAUAAAAUUAUUGGAGAAUUGCAUAAAAACAACUGAAAGAAAUAUGAAGACUACUCAGUUAGCUCCUUUAAAAAUUGUGGAAAACUGUGCAGAUUAUAUUAUAUUCGAAUUUAUGACGACUCGUAAUCUGAUGCGUUUCAAAGUUAGUAAUUACGAAUCAGGUAAUGUUCAAAUAGAAAUUAAUCCUUAUGAAGAAAAUAUAUUAGCAUAUAUAAAUAAAAAUGUAAAAAAAUGUAAGGAUAUCUCAGAAAUAAGCUACUUGAUAAAAGAGGCUAUAUACCUCAAUUUUCUAGAUCUUUAA